CAAAGCUGCUAUCAAGUUUUAGCCUCAGGCUGCCAAAAUCCGAGCCUGGAACUUUCCCAGAUAGGUCUUAAGCAACAUGGGAAGAGAAGACUAAAAUUCCACCAUGAUUGGAGGUUUAUUCAUCUAUAACCACAAAGGAGAGGUUUUAAUCUCUCGAGUCUACCGGGAUGACAUCGGCAAUAGGCGGAACGCUGUCGACGCCUUCCGCGUCAAUGUCAUCCACGCACGGCAGCAGGUACGCUCGCCUGUCACCAACAUCGCCCGCACAAGUUUCUUCCAUGUCAAGCGUUCCAACAUCUGGCUGGCUGCUGUCACCAAGCAGAAUGUCAACGCUGCCAUGGUAUUCGAGUUUCUUUACAAGAUGUGUGACGUGAUGACUGCCUACUUCGGGAAGAUCAGUGAGGAGAACAUAAAGAACAACUUUGUGCUGAUCUAUGAGCUACUGGAUGAAAUCCUGGACUUUGGCUAUCCUCAGAACUCUGAAACAGGGGCCCUGAAGACCUUCAUCACUCAGCAAGGCAUCAAGAGUCAGCAUCAGACUAAGGAAGAGCAGUCCCAGAUCACCAGCCAGGUGACUGGACAGAUUGGAUGGAGACGUGAAGGGAUCAAGUAUCGUCGCAAUGAGCUGUUUCUUGAUGUGCUGGAGAGUGUUAAUCUCUUGAUGUCCCCCCAGGGUCAGGUUUUGAGUGCCCACGUCUCUGGCAGAGUGGUGAUGAAGAGUUACCUGAGUGGAAUGCCAGAGUGCAAGUUUGGCAUGAAUGACAAGAUUGUCAUUGAAAAACAGGGCAAAGGGACUGCGGAUGAAACGGGGAAAAGUGGCAAACAGUCAAUUGCCAUCGAUGACUGCACUUUCCACCAGUGUGUGAGGCUCAGCAAGUUUGAUUCUGAGAGAAGCAUCAGCUUCAUCCCACCGGAUGGAGAGUUUGAGCUCAUGAGAUACCGAACCACUAAGGACAUUAUCCUUCCCUUCCGUGUGAUCCCGCUGGUGCGGGAGGUGGGUCGGACCAAGCUGGAAGUGAAGGUGGUAAUCAAAUCAAACUUCAAACCUUCCUUGCUAGCCCAGAAGAUAGAGGUCCGGAUCCCAACACCCCUCAACACCAGUGGGGUGCAAGUCAUCUGCAUGAAAGGGAAGGCGAAGUACAAGGCCAGUGAGAACGCCAUUGUCUGGAAGAUAAAACGCAUGGCUGGAAUGAAGGAAUCCCAGAUCAGUGCGGAGAUCGAGCUGCUGCCCACCAAUGACAAGAAGAAGUGGGCUCGGCCCCCGAUCUCCAUGAACUUUGAGGUCCCGUUUGCACCCUCUGGGCUGAAGGUGCGCUACCUGAAAGUCUUUGAGCCAAAGCUGAACUACAGUGACCACGAUGUGAUAAAAUGGGUGAGGUACAUCGGCAGGAGCGGGAUCUACGAGACCAGAUGCUAGCCCCAGCAGGCUGGCAGGCCCCCUCUUCUCCAAGCCAUCCUCUGCCUCUCCUCAGUCUUCAACUACAUUCAGAGAAAGCAUCUGCCUGGCCCCUCUGUGCAGUGUGGAAGACCCUGCAGCUCGCCCUGGGUGCGGACUCGCCCGCUGUGCUCAGUUCCCACCCGGGCUGCAGGAGCUCAGAGCCCCGUCCUGCGCAGGGGUGCCCUCAGUCCCCGCUCCCCCUCCCAGGGUGGGGAAGGGCUAGUCUAACUCCCAUCCUCUCCUGAUCUUUCUAGGGAACGUCCACCAUUAAACUCCUCUUCUGUUGGUGUCUCACUACUUGCAUCAUAUCCUAGUAUUUUUGAAGUUCUUGUGCAUAUGUACUCGUAGAAUAGACAUAAACGUAGACUGGACAAAUCUGAGUUGAAGUUACCCUGGCUUCUGUACUAGCUGUUGCUGUUGUGGUAGAUGUUGCUGACCAGUCUGAGAUGUGGGGGGGUGAGUGUGCGGGCCCCCCCGGCGGGGAGGCAGACCGCGCCUCACCACCACCUCCUAUUACUUGCGAAGCUGUCAGUGUAGAGUCCUGCCGCGGGAAAGCUUGUGACCAAAAAGGAUGAGGGUUUAGACUCUUGCUGGUGUGUAGGUGGGCGGCGCAGCAUUCCGGGUCCCUGCAGCGCUCCCCCCCCCCCGCUGCCGGCUGCGCCCCCCCCUCCCUUCCUAAGGAGCGGGGAACGGGCGCCCCCCUGUCCCGGGGGACACAGCCGAGCCCCGGGGGGCGGGGGGGUCUGUCCCGGGGGACCGAGAUGCAGUCGGCAGUGAGAGCCCCCAGCCUGUCCCCCCACCCAACGCUUCUGGGCCGUAGGAAUGCUGCUGCCGCCCCCAGCCCCGCUUCUGGUCGUGUGGUCUCCAUUUUGUACACUCUGUGAUUUGUCCAGCGCUCAGCCCAAUAAAGUGUGUAGAACGGA